GCCAAGCCUGCUAGGUCUUAACUCUGGGUACCUCCAUCUGUCUCCACCAUGAUCAACACCUACCAGACCUCCCUACCUCCACCCCCAGUCCCCCCGCGGCUAGGUAGACAUCAGAUAGCCUCAGCCCCGGUCCCAAUCCUGGCCCCAGUCCUGAGCCUGAAAUCAGGGCCCAGCAAGCCAGUUUUCAGGUUUGUGAUUGGGAUAGUUGUGCUGCACUUGAUCCUGUCCUUUGGUGGAUUUGUCUACCUAUACCAUUCUGGAAACCAGUGGCAGGACACAAUCAAGCUUAUGUACCAGGAUGAUCAGAACCUGCAGAGACUAGUACAGGAGUGUAAGCAGAACGUCCAGUCACAGCCAGGCUGCAGACAGAUAUUGAAUGAGUACAAUAGCGUGACAAAGGAUUCCGCAGGUCAAGGAAAAGUGGAGUCUCUCUCUGGGAAAAGCUCCUAUUAUGGCACCAUGGCACGCAUGAAUGCCAUAAAAGCCACUGACACCUCAACAUCCAAAUAUCUGCUGUGGGACACUGCACACUCUAAGAAGAAUAACGUCCAGAAUAACUUUGACAAGGACAGACUGAUAUUGAAGCAGUCUGGAGACUACUUUGUGUUUUCCCGUGUCACCUUCUCCAGUUAUGGACCUAAGAGUGUGCUGGCCAACUUUGUGAAAGUAUGGGAGAACGGAGACAAGAAAACAGAGAAGACCCUGAUGAAGGCCUACUGCAGCCUGGUGACCAGGCCGGGGGUGUGCACAGCCUCGCAGGCCGAGGUGGUGAGUCUGAAUAAGGGAGACCAGCUCGGUGUGUGGGUAGAGGAUCCUAACCUGGUGGACUAUGAAGAGGACGCCACGAUCUUUGGAUUAUAUAAACUGUAGGAUGCUCCUCUAGAUGGACGCCAUCUGCAUUCGUUCUCGUUACAUUGUGCACAUUCACUGAGAGAAUGGACUGGGACUUCUGUCUAACAGACCAGAGGUUUGUCUGAUUGAUCGACAGUCUGGAUGGACACAGUCCACAGCUCAUUUGUUUUUUAAAUGGGACUAAGACAGGACCUGCUAGAUGGAUCUCCACAUGGAUCAAAGCAGAUCAAUUAGGACUAGAUUCUUUGAUGCACUGAUGGAUGCAUUGAUUAGCCAUCCCUCGGUGAAACGACUAUUUCUUUGAACUGUAAUUUAUUCUUGUUAGAUGAGUGAUACCAUGACUCGCUGCACCAGAUUUUUUAUAUUUUUAUAUAGUAAGGAAGGUUCAAUGAUUGUAUUUAUUAUGGUUGAUGGUGUGAAGUAAAAAGAAA